CCUGUCACCAUCGCCCGCAUCAUCUUUUCAGAUCGACAUCGCGUCGAACCCGGAGUUUCUCUUCUACCGCUUCCUGUUUGCUUUUUCGUGUGCUUGACUUGCACCAGAUCUGUCGUCGUACCAGAGGACACCAAACCAAGCUACGCGCCCCCCUACUUGGCCCAAAACCCACGCCUGAGGUCGAAGCGAAAGCAUCCAUCGCUCAGUCGGGAUGGCGGACGGUGCCGGAACCGGGGAUGGCCAAAAUGGAGCUCGAAAUUCGGCCUCCGCCAGCAGUGAAAGUGGACCUGAGCCAAACAGUCCAUCUGGUGGUCACGUGGAAUGGUGUAAACAGUUGAUCGCCGCCACUUUGUCCACUCACAUCUCGACAGCCUGUAACGUCGUCACCAAGAACUCUGCGGCACCGAGGCUGAAAAUGAGUGAAAAAACCACUGCGGUUCCUCUCCUGCCAGGCGAAAAAAUUCAGACUACCAUUGAGGACGUGACAUACAUUUGUCCCUAUAGGGGUCUGCUCAACGGAACUCUGACCGUCACUGACUAUAAGCUCUACUUCAGCAGCAUGGAAAGGGAUUGCCCGUUUAUCCUGGCCGUGAACCUGGGCGUCAUUAGUCGACUGGAGACUGUGGGCAUCCCCGACCGAGGUGACGACACCAAAGGACUGGAGCUGGUCUGCAAGGAUAUGAGGAGCCUGAAGUUCGCCUACAAGAUGACGGCAGGCCACGCGGAUGUGGCGGAGACGAUUACCUCGCGAGCUUUCCCGCUGUCCCGCCAGCUGACCUUAUUCGCCUUCCGCUACGAGCAGCGCUUCCCCGUGGACGGCUGGAAGGUGUACGAGCCGCUGGCAGAGUGGCGGCGGCAGGGUCUCCCCAACGAAAGCUGGACCAUCAGCCGACUGAAUGCGUCCUAUCAGCUGUGCGAAACGUACCCCGCCGUCCUGGUGGUCCCUGCCAACGUCUCGGAUGAGGACAUCAAGCGGGUGACGGCGUUCCGAGCCAAGCGCCGCAUUCCGGUGCUGUCUUGGCUCCACCCCGAGUCGCACGCGGCCCUGGUGCGCUGCGGCCAGCCAUUGGUGGGCCCGACCGACCGGCGCUGCAAAGAGGACGAGCGCCUCCUCCAGACCAUCAUGGACGCCAACGCGCACUCCCACAAGCUGAGCAUCUUUGACGCCCGACAAUUCAGCGUUGCCCGCAGCAACAAAGCGAAGGACGGCGGCUACGAGAGCGAGAACGUCUACGCCAACGUGGAGCUCAACUUCCUGGAGAUCCCGAACAUCCACGUGAUGCGCGAGGCCCUCAGGAAGUUAAAGGACGUCCUGUACCCCGACAUCCAGCAAGCGCGCUGGCACUCCAACCUUGACCACACACACUGGCUCCACUACAUUCAGCUGCUGCUGUGCGGAGCGUCCCAGAUGGCAUCCAAGCUGGAACGCGCAAAGACGUCUGUGGUGGUCCACUGCAGCGACGGCUGGGACAGGACGGCUCAGCUGACGUCUCUGACCAUGCUCAUGCUGGACGCCCACUACCGUACGCUCCGAGGAUUCCAGGUUCUGGUGGAGAAGGAGUGGAUCAGUUUUGGACACAAAUUUGCCGCCCGGGUGGGCCACGGCAACGACGACCACAGCAACUCGGAGCGCUCGCCUCUCUUCGUUCAGUUCGUGGACUGCGUGUGGCAGAUGACGCGGCAGUUCCCGGCGGCAUUUGAGUUCAACGAGCUUUUCCUGCUCACGCUGCUGGACCACCUGUACAGCUGCCUCUUCGGAACCUUCCUGUGCAACAGCGAGCAAGAGCGUACGGCUCAGGAGCUCCAGACCCGGACAGUGUCCCUAUGGUCCUACAUCAACAGCCAACCCGAGGACUUCAGCAACCCGCUGUACGUCCACGAGGACCACAGCGUGCUUUACCCGCUGGCGUCCUCCAGGCAUCUGGAGCUGUGGACGGCUUACUACGCACGAUGGAACCCUCGCAUGAGACCGCAGGUGCCGCAGCAUCAGACACUGAAGGACCUCCUGCUGUUGCGGGUCCAUCUUGAGCAGAGGGUGGAGGAGCUGCGCAGGGAGGUGCAGGCUCACUCUCCUGCGGUAUCGCCCGACCACGCCUCCGGGACCACAACUGCCACCCCGGUCUGACCCACAUGCACGCCCCGUGUGUGUGAAUUGGAUGGUCAACUCAAUGUUUACCUUCUGAGGCACAGGUUUUACCCCUCCCACAUAUCUUCACCUGGGAAAAUUUCCUUGAAAUUGGGCGAUCUGGUGGGGGCUGACUGUGGCACAAAUAUCUCAGGGCCUUGUGAUGCGUUGAUGGCGCUCACCUCAAAAGUUGAGAGCACGCUUUCGAUACUUUGUAGAAUUCAUUUGCAGAACUGAAAACGUGUCAACCUUUUCUCCAAGAAACACCAAGAAGAUGACAUGGCCUCUCGAAUGCCGCAGGGAUUGAAAGGUGACAUGGUACAAAAAACGAAUUAUUUCCCAAAUACUUGUAAUAUUUUGAUAAAAGUCUCUUGGUUUAAUGAGGGAAAAUGUAUUCUGGUGUCAUUUACAAAAAAAAUAGCUUUUUAUUUUAAAAACUAUAUUAUUUUUCCCCAAAAGCAGCGUUGGACACUGCCCCACCCCGUCAAAAAAAAGCUGCAUUUAAUUCUCAAAAAUAAUCAAGCUUUACUCAUGUCAUAUACAGUGGUACCUCUGCUUACGAACGUCUCUUCAUACGAAAUGUUCAAGUUACAAAACGUCCCAACAGGAAUAUUUUCCCUCUUGUUACGAAAGAAAUUUCAAGAUACGAAAGGUAAAAAUAAAGUAUGGGCUGCUAGUCGCAGCUCUGAGUUUCCUGAACGCAUCAUACUUAGAGCUGCUCUGCCAUUGGCUGUUAUUGAGCAUCAUCCUGGCGUCCCAUUGGCUAAGAGGGACCUCUGCCGUUUGUGUCUUUGCGUGUAGUAGAUAAAUAGAUAGAUGCUGCGUCCUUGUUAUUCGCCCCUUGGAACGGAUUAGGGCAUUAACAUGGAAAACACGUCUCGACUUCCAAACUUUUCUAAUUAUGAAAUUUCUUCCAGAACCAAUUCAUUUUGUAAAUAGACGUACUGUACCGUACCGUGUUUUGCUGGAAAACUAAAUUCUGAUUACUUGAUGAUGUCACCCUUAAUUGACGCAAUGCUAUUGCAAGCCAGACUUAUUUGUCCCAUUGUGUCGGUACGAUCUUUUGUAAGUGAUCUAAGAAAUUCUUGUCAUUUUUUUUUUGCCGGGGCCCAAGCUUGAGAAACAUCAAUAUAAUGGUUACGCUUGCCGUUCUUUUCGCUGCAACGUGGCCUUUUGCGUUCUCUUUGUGUAGGACGCAAGAGGCCACGCUGACUUUCAUGCCAGGAAAAAAAAAACAACAAAUUUUUGUCAAAUGUUUUAUUUAACUUCUGCACCUUGGUAGCGUGGAGUGAAAACACAUUUCCAGAUGCACUUGUUGGUGUGAAACAUUCUGCUGUCAGUCUUGCAACACAUUCUUCUUAAUAUAAAUUAUUAUUCUUAUUGUCGUUGUUAUCUUCAUUGUCAUUGAGAGAGGUUAAUAUCAUGGAAUAGUUGUAGAGGGGUGGGGGGGGUCAUCAUUGUGGAAAGAGCACAGCCAAUGUGAACUCGAAGCAUUGCGGUUGACAGCGAGGUAAGACAAUAACAGCAAAGCGCAUGCACACGUUUGUCUAGUUUGAGAGUCGGGAAGGAUUGUACAACUAAGCUCCCUUUUAAAAAAAAAAACAAAAAAGAUGAAAGAAAA